AUGGUUUCUGUCUUGCUCUCCUUGAGUCUUUCCCAUCUGGGCCUGUGGGCUGCUGGAUUGAUCUCGAUCUUAGGCUUCUUCAAGCUCAUCCGUCUGCUGUUGAGGAGGCAGAUGCUGGCCAGGGCUAUGGACAGUUUCCCAGGUCCCCCCACCCACUGGCUCUUUGGGCAUGCUCAGGAGAUCCAGCAGACAGGGAGCCUGGACAAGGUGGUAUCCUGGGCCCACCAGUUCCCUUAUGCCCACCCACUCUGGCUUGGACAGUUCCUUGGCUUCCUGAACAUCUCUGAGCCCGACUAUGCCAAAGCUGUGUACAGCCGAGGGGAUCCUAAGGCUGCGGAUGUGUAUGACUUCUUCCUCCAGUGGAUUGGGAAAGGCCUACUGGUGCUCCAGAGGCCCAAGUGGUAUCAGCACCACAAGCUGCUCACACCUGGCUUCCACUACGAUGUGCUGAAACCCUAUGUGGCUGUGUUCGCCAACUCCACGCACGCUAUGCUGGACAAGUGGGAGGAAAAGGCUCGUGAGGAUAAGAGCUUUGACAUCUUCUGUGAUGUGGGCCACAUGGCACUGGACUCACUCACGAAGUGCACCUUUGGCAAAGGAGACAGCGGUCCGGGCCACAGGGACAGUAGCUACUACUCGGCCGUCAGCGACCUCACUCUGCUUAUGCAGCGGCGCAUUGAGUCCUCCCAGUACCAGAACGACUUCAUCUACUGGCUCACCCCACGUGGCCGCUGUUUCCUGCGGGCCUGCCAGGCAGCCCACGACCGCACAGACCAGGUCAUCAGGGAAUGAAAGGCAGCCCUGCAGGAUGAGAAAGAGCAGCAGAAGAUCCAGAGCUGGAGACACCUGGACUGCCUGGACACUCUUCUGGGGGCUCAGGAUGAAAAUGGGAUCAAGUUGUCAGACGCAGAUCUCCGGGCUGAGGUGCACACAUUCAUGUUUGAAGGCCAUGACACCACCACCAGUGGCAUCUGCUGGUUUCUCUACUGCAUGGCCCUGCACCCCGAGCACCAGCAUCGUUGUCGGGAGGAGGUCUGCGAGAUCCUUGGGGACCGGGAUUCCUUCCAGUGGUGA